AGAAUGUUGCCUGUGUUGUUUUAAAUAAUUCUACUCAACUGUCAAAUUAGCGAGAAAUGUCAACGAGAAAAUGAGAAAAAAUUAGAAUGAAAGUAAAAACGCAGGAAGACGACGGAAAAUUGUGAAAAAGUGCAAAAAGUUCUUACAAAUAGCGGUGGACUGGGCAAUUACAAUAAAUUAAAUAAAUGCAUUGAAAACGGAAACUUUUACGUCAUAUGCAUAUGCAACUAUCGAAAUUUGUCGUGUGGCCGAUUACGAAGUUACGGGAAUGAAAAUGCAUCCAGUGUGAAAAGCGAAACGAAAAAGAAAAUUCCUCCCAACAACAAAUGCAGCAGUGGCAAAGCAGCGCUAUCGGCCGCGCCCCCAAGCCCACUUGCUGCUAGCAAGAAUAGCUGUGGUGGUCAUAGUGUUUUUCUCGCGUAUCAGUGCAUUGAAAAAUCCAAAUAAAAUUCUUAAAUCUAGCGAAAGCAAGGAAUUAUAAGUGUUCCGAUAAACGCAACAACAACAACAAAUAGAACGUGCAAGUGUAUUAACAUUCCUUCAUAUUAAUUCUUUUUGGGGGGGGUUGGGCGAACAAACGGUUAGGGGGAAGAAGGUGGCGCAGUGACAGUGACAACGAAUGUUGGUGUGUAGAGGUAGGUUUGUAAAGGCAUUCGAAUAGUUUCUAGCCACUUCACACACUUCAAAUAACAAUUGCAGCACACAUCUUGCGUCAGCCAUCAGUGUUGUCGACCAAUAUUACAGUCAGCAAGCAAGUUGCAAAUAAACAAUAGAUACGGAGUAAUGGCCGCACAACUCGAUCCGAAUGUCAAGGACGACUUAAAGACUCAAUUUGUGACGCGCGAGGGCACCUACCGGCUGCUCACGCUAUCGGAGUACUCGCGUCCAAAUCGCGUUGGCUACACCAGCAAUCAGAGCUCGCCGCAAGUACGUGUUUCUAUUGUGUCGCUGCCCAAUAAUACCGCUUGUCAAAAUGUGGCAAGUGGCAAUGGCAGUAGUGGAAGCAAUACUGCUAGCGGCCCUGGGAACGGCAAUGCAAAUAAUUCAACUACGAACAACACGAAAGGAAGCGGUGAUGGUUCUACCAAUGGAAGUAAUGCCUCUGGCUCUGGCUCGUUAGUUAAUGGACAACAACAAUUGGCUUAUAGUGUGCCAGUCGCAAUGGAUGCGCGGCUCGGUGCAGGCAUAUCAAUGCACACAAUGAUCAAUGGCGGUUCGGAUGGACAAAAUGGCUUGGCAAGUCAGAUUUAUGGAGGCGAUCGGAUUUGCUUUAACUUCGGCAGGGAAUUGUACGUGUACGCUUUUAGAGGUGUGAAAAAGGGCGCAGAAAUGACAAAACCGAUUGACAAGAAAUUCUACAAAGGCACUAAUCCAAGUUGCCACGACUUCAAUGCGACAUCAGCCACACCAACUGGUGCGCCGCUACUCGUAGGUUUCACCACAGGGCAAAUUCAGCUCGUCUCACCACAGCUAGGACCUCGCGAACUACGGAAGCUAUACAAUGAAGAACGGCUCAUUGAUAAGACCAAAGUGACAUGUUUAAAAUGGUUGCCGAAUUCACCGAACUUAUUUCUGGCAUCGCACGCUUCGGGCAAUCUGUAUUUAUACAACGAGGACCUCCCCUGCACGCCGACUGCGCCCAACUAUCAGCCCUUCAAGAUGGGCGAUGGCUACACAAUACUCACCUGCAAAUCGAAAUCGACGCGUAAUCCCCUCUAUAAGUGGAUAUUCAACACAGAGAAUUGUUGCAUUAACGAGUUUUGCUUUUCGCCAUGUGGCUCCAAUUUGGCUAUCGUAUCGCAGGAUGGUUUUCUACGUGUUUUUCACUACGACACCAUGGAGCUGCUCGGCAUUGCGCGUUCCUACUUUGGCGGCUUUUUAUGUGUCUGUUGGUCGCCAGAUGGUAAAUACAUUGUGGUGGGCGGUGAAGAUGACCUGGUGACGGUGUGGUCGUUGCACGAGCGCCGUGUGGUAGCACGCGGACAAGGCCAUCGGUCGUGGGUGUCUGUGGUGGCAUUCGAUCCCUACACCACAUCGUAUACCAACUGGGAUGGCGGUGACUUUUCAGACGACGAAAAUCAAAUGAAUGAAUAUGGCGUUGGACGUGAGGCACGUUUCUCUGCCGAUUCAACUGGCAAUGGGUUUGACUUCCCCAUCGGUGCGAGCGGUGUUGCGCAUGAUAAAAAUUCUACACCAAAUCAUUCCCGACAACGGCCUCAUUCAGCAUCCUUUCGUUCAGACGCGUCGUCAUCGGCGGCGUUAGCACCGGAUAAACUGGCCAUUAGCUACCGUCUUGGUUCCGUCAGUCAGGAUACACAGAUUUGCCUGUGGGACAUAACGGAAGAUGUGCUGCGUCAUCCAUUGUCGCUGCGUCAGCGAGUCAAUAGCGUAAAUUUGAAUGACACUAGUUAUAUGAACGGCGGUAUAGAUGCGGACGGCAUCAAAGUGAUACGGCCAAUAGCCAUAGGUAAUAUAUCGGGCACAUUUCCGCCAUCACAGCAUGCCAGCAGUCCAACGAAAGAAACUGUAGGUCCUGAGAACAAUAGCAACAGCAGCUCAAGUAAAUUCUCAACAGCGAACUGCACCAUAUCAUCACAAUCGUCGAAUGCCAACACACCACCGGAUGAGGCAGGUCCAGCCGGCGCCGGCGCCAAUGCGAAUAGCAACAGCAGCAAAGCGAACAACUCAAAUAAGGCGAACGCAACAGGUAAUUCUAUAAAAUUUGCCAACUGCAUUAGUGCCACCAAAUCGGACUCAAUUGAAGGCAACACCAAGGGCAGCGCAUCGACCUUCUCCACGUCCGGCUACAACAGCAAGAACUCAAACAGUUCCACCAAGUCUUCAGACUCGAGCGUAUCCGCGUUCAACAGUCUCACGCAGCGCCUAUCGAAUUUCAGUUUUCUGAGCAAUUCCGAAAAGAAGACCACCUCAAUCUCCGGUUCCUUCGAUGCAUCGCAAAUUGCGGCGACGCAUCGCACACAUCGCAAGGGCAUGAGCCUGCUCAAGUCCAACAACCAAACCAACAGCAAUCAUAACCACCAACCAUACGGUGCGGCUAGCAGCAGCACGUCAACCGGCGGCGCCACGGAUCUCUGUAGCAGCGGGGGCGGUGGCGCAAUUGUGGGCAAUAGCAGCAGCACGACAGCGCAUAGCUUCGGCUCACUUAAACUGGGUAAAUCAACGACACAUUCACACAGCUCAUCGCUGAGUGCAGCCUCAAAUGCGGUGGUGACGUCCUACGAUCCCAUGAAACUGAUCGGCACACCUUCGUGUCCGCGUUUCGAUGAAUGCCCACUACUAGAGCCACUUAUAUGCAAGAAAAUCGCGCACGAACGACUCUCGGCUCUGAUAUUUCGAGAAGAUUGUUUUCUAACAGCGUGCCAGGAUGGCUUCGUCUACACAUGGGCGCGACCCGGUUAUGCCACCCAAAAUAUACCGCAGCAUUUAUCGCCAAGUCAAGCGGCGCCUCCAGGUGGCACGGUAAUAUAGUUCGAUAAAAUAAAUAUAAACAACUACGAACAGAAUCGGAUGAAGUGCAGCCGCCGCAGAUCGUUGGAAGCGCCGGAAUGAAUUUUCAUAAUAAAUCGAAAAGCUGCGUAUACAACAAAUUGAUCAGUGGGUAAAUAGAAGCUGAUGCAGUAAAUGAGUGAAAUGAAUGCAGGAAAAUUACACUUGCGAAACACAUAAACAAAAUUCAUAUGAACAGAUACAAGAGAAAAAACAUAAACAAAAACAAAAACAAAAGCAAAAAAAAUAAAGCGCCAUUUAAAAUGACGCUGAAUGAAAACUAUAAAACUAUUUUCAAAUAUUCCACUGUAAUUAGCAUAAAUAUAUACAAGCAAAGUAUGUAAAACAAUACUAUUAUGCAUAUAAAUAUAUUAAAUAUUUUUAGUAAUGAUUAAGUCAACUUGUUAAAAGUAAAAAAAGGAAAGAAACAACAAAACAGGAAUACAAAAACAAAUAAUACAUUUAUUUAAUAUGCAAUAGAGUAGUCGAAACGCAUUGCAAACAAGAGAAAACCACAAAAACAAUAAAAAAACAACACCAAACAACCAACGGCAGCAAUACAAAAAAAGAAAAAUCAAACAAAAAAUCGUAACAAAUCCGAUCGAGCAGUUCAGAGAAGCAUUAGAGCACUAGGAAAUCUCCGGCGCAUACUCUCUUGUGCACACAUUCGUAUGUGUGCAUAUGUCUAUAGAUUUGAGACGUUAGUAAAGUAAACUUUGUUAUCUUGUUUGUAUGAAAAUUGCUAUGAAACUGAAACUUGAAAAGCUAUAUAAAAAUAAAAUCAUAGUAAAAAUUUA